GAUCCAUGAGAAGGUGAAUGUUAGAUUUCAUCCUUACUCUACGUCUACAUCAUUUAAACCACUUGUUCCGUAAUCUUUUGUUAGUGUUGCGUAUAACAUUUAUAUACAUUCAUAUUACAUUAUUAUAUGUGUUGCAACCCAUUUGUGUCAAUUUCUAGGUCCCAAAUAUUAGCGAUUUAGCUCCUUAAAUUUGACCUAAAUCAAUGCUGUUUAGCACAUUUAAUAGUAUAUCCGCAUUCCUCAGCUGAUCCGUAAUUUAGCUCGCAGUUGUGACAGUGGAUGAUGAUUUUGCAAGGCACGUUAACUGAAAAUUCAUAAUUUUGACAAUCUAGGUGUGAUCGCAAGUUCACAUGUAGAAUUAGUAAUACCGGUAAUUUAAGCAUACAAAGAUACAAGGAGUUCCUAAAAAGAUGGAAGAUAUUCAACAGAACACCCCAAGGGCUAUGACAAAUUUUCUCGAAAGUUUAAAAUAUUUUAUUGAAACAAGAGAAGAUAGAAGCCCUACUGAUAGUCAACAAACAUUUUAUUUUAUAACUGUUUCAACCAAAUUAAAAAUACCAAUCAAUCUCAAAUCUGAAAUUUUAGCAGGAAGAAAUGAUUGGAUUGAUAUUAUAGAAUUCUCAGACACACGAUUUGAACAUUUGGAUAAAAUCCCAGUUACUGAUACAUGCAUUUCCAAAAGAGAAAUACAAAAUGCGUUCAUUAUGGAUGCAUUAGAAAUAGAUAAGUCUAGCACAAUGAUAAACAAUCAAACUGGCGAUGAUAUAAAUGUGGAUCAUACAGGCGAAAAUUCUGAUUAUGAUGGUAAUUUCAACUGUGUGGAAGAGCAAUCAAAGGAUCAAACAACCGACAUUGAUGAAAAUAUAUCGGAUACCUUGACAACACCAGUCUUUGUUGUUCCCAUUAAAAAGAAAAGAAAAUGUGCCCGAAAAAAAGGGAUUAAGUCUGGAAAGAAAAAUAAUUCUGCAGACAAAUCAACCAAAGUAGUUAAUAAGAACGAAAAUACACAAUCAAUAAAAAAAUCCAAAGAAGAAAAUAUUGUUGCCGUUCCUAAAAAACCUGCAGGAAUGAAAUUGAGAGAGCCAAAAAAAUACUCCUGUGAGUAUUGUGGGGAAACUUUCCUCAAAUUAGACAUCUUUAAAGCUCAUCUGUCUAUUCACGGGACGGAACAUUUGUUUAAGUGCACUUUUUGUCCGUUAAGUGUUAAAUCAGAAUCAGUUUUGAAAAAUCAUCUGCUUAUACAUUCGGGCAUUCGACCUUUUACUUGUGAUAUAUGUGGGAAAUCUUUCACUUUAAAAUCUACAUUAAAGAUUCACAUGCGAUCCCAUACUGGGGAGAAGCCUUAUGUUUGCCAUAUUUGUGGAUUAUCAUUUAAACGAUGUUUUUUGCUGAAACUUCAUGUUCUUAAGCACAGUGGCGUUCGACCAUGGCAGUGUGAAUAUUGUCCAAAAACCUUCGCUAGCAAAUUUGAGGUCAAAUGUCACACAAGAUGUCACACUGAUAUUCUCAAAUUCCAGUGUGACAUUUGUGGUAAAAAAUUCCGUACUAAAGGUGGCCUAGCCAAACAUAUCACAACACACUCUGAUGAAAAACCAUUUGCAUGUACUCUCUGUGAUUCUCGGUUCGUCAACAAGGUAUAUCUUAAAAAUCAUAUAAAAACACAUAGCACUUCACAGAAUUACACAUGCGAAAUUUGUGGAAAACGCUUGAAAACUCUCUGGAGUUUGAAGAAACACAGACAAAUACACAGUGAUGCUCGUCCUUUCAAAUGUGACAUCUGCCAAAAAGAUUUUAAACUUAUGUAUGUUCUUCAGCAGCAUGCUAAAAUGCAUCAAGAUGUGAAAGAAUACAAGUGUCAAUAUUGUGAAAAACUUUUUACUUUCAAUAGUAGUCUUUAUUCACAUCUUAAAGUACAUCAUAAAAAUAAACAGAAAGAAAAAAUUGUUAUGACUGCUAAGCCAUCAACAAAGUCUUUGGUGAUUGAGCUAAACCAGGAAGAAAGUCUGUUGUGAUUAAGCUGAGCCAUGAACAAUAUUUGUUGUUAUUGAGAUAAGUCACAAAGAAAGUCGUUUGUGAUCGAGCUAUAAUAUCUGUUGUUGUUGAGCUAAGCCAUGCUUAAAGUCUGUUGUAAAUUCAUCGUAGCCACAAAGAAAAUCCAUUAUAAUUGAGCUAAGCCUUGAAGAAAAUCUGUUGUGAUUGAGAUAACUCAUGAAGAAAGUCUGUUGUUAUUGAGAUAAGCUUUGAAGAAAGUCUGUUGUUAUUGAGAUAAGCUUUGAAGAAAGUCAGUUGUUACAAUAAGCAGGACACAUAAUCCAUUCUGAAAUUAACCAAUCAGAGAUCAGAAUUGGGUUACUGGAAGUGGUGGUGAACUUAAGUAAAUGGGGCCUAUAAGCACCAUUCCCUUUGAUAUUAACAGACUAUCAGCAAAAACAAUUUCUUGAUAAUUUGAUUUGUAGUAUCUUGUAUUAUGAAUAAGCUUAUGGAUAUUUAUAAUUACCACUGAAAUCAGUAGUCUAAAUAUAUAUAUUAUAAUCUUUAAAGGAGCUAAAUCGCAAAUAUUUUGGAUCUAGAAAUUGACACAAAUGGGUCCCAACCUAUAUAAUAAUGUAAUAUGAAUGCAUAUAAACUGAUUUACAUUCAA